CUUCGCUCCACUUUUAUUUUCUUUCGCUCUCUUCCACUUGUUUUUCUCCACUGCGAUUUUGUUUCGAAACCCUAAUUUUUCUUUCUUGCAAUUAUCUUUCAGAGCGAUUCUUUUCCGAAACCCUAAAAAAUCAACUCCUAUACAAAAGAUGCAGUCCAACGAAGAAAUCUUGAAGUUUCUUGGAGAAGGCGCAUACGGUUACGUAAACCUAGUCCGCUUCACUAAUCCCUCCGACGACGGAUCUUCGUUUCUCUCCGCCGUCAAGAACUCGUACGACGAAGACUACGAAACUCUCCGAAGAGAGUUAGAGAUUCUUCUCCAACUCAGAGGAUGUCCAAGGAUCGUCACGUGUUUCGGAGACUCUCUUCAACAAGGUCUAAGCAGUUACGGUAACGUAGUCCACAAGCUUCGACUCGAGUACGCCUCCGAGGGUAGCUUGAACGCUUUCAUGAACCGUUACGCCGACAGAAAGUUGCCGGAGCCGUUGGUUAAAGAUUUCACGCGGAUGAUUCUUGAAGGUUUGGUCUCGAUUCACAGACACGGUUAUGUCCAUUGCGAUAUAAAGCCAGAUAACUUGCUCGUCUUCCCUUCUUCGAAACAAGAUUCAUCAUCGUACGAGAUCAAGAUUUCUGAUUUUGGCAACACGUUGGAGGUAGGAGAGGUUCCUAAGUUCUGGGAGAGUGAGUUUCCAUGGGUGGGGACUCCUAUCUACAUGCCUCCUGAGUCUGUCCGUGACGGCUUCGCCAACAAAGGAAUAGAUUUGUGGUCUGUGGGGUGUUUGGUGCUGGAGAUGUACACGGGGGUGAUUCCGUGGGAAGGAGUUAAUAUCAAUCUUCUAGCGACUCGUCUCCGUUGUGGUAAAGCUCCUGAGAUCCCUGAGAGUUUACCUUCUGAUGCGAAGGAUUUUAUCCAAACGUGUUUCUCAAGGGAUCCUGAGGAGAGAGGAAGCGCUUCUGAGUUGCUGUCUCAUCCGUUCUUGCCUCGUCCACAAGUUGAAGCAGAGGAGAAGAAAGCAAGAAACUCGUUUCUGUUGAAGCUGUUCAAGUUGAGAGUCAGACGAACAAGUUCCAACAAGAAAGAUGCUCUUGUUGUUGCAGACAAGAAGUUGAGGUUUUUCCCGGCAAAGGCAACACAGUUCAAGAGAACUCUGAACAAAGUCUUGAGGUUUAAGACUAUGAUGCCCAUGAAGAAAUCGACUGACUUCAGUUUAGUUUGUGUUCGUUAGCCUUUAGUUUCUCUGUUUAGACUGUAGUGUCUGUUGAUUAACGUUUAGUAUGUGUCUCUGUGUAGACUGUAGAUUCUGUUCACUUAAAUUUAGUGUCUGAUAAGUAUGUAUAGACUGUAGUUUCCAUUGAUUAAUGUUUUGUAUCUCUGUUUUAGACUGUAGCUUCUGUUGAUUAACGUUUAGCAUCUCUGUUAAGUAUAUAGCCUGUAGUCUCUGUUGGUUAAGUUUAGUAUAUUUGUUUAGUUUAAAGAUCAAAAUUU